CUUCUUAAGUUGGAUGAAGUAGAAAGUACUUCAUUCUCAGGAAGUGAAGCGUCGCCUUUCUGUAGAUUCAGUUUAAAAUAUAAUCUUUAUUGGUGUAUCAUUCCUUCAGUCUUUUGGGGGCAUUUUUGCUGUUAUGAUGUGUUUCGGCAAUAGUCAAAGUAGUUUCCAGAAAAUGUUUUGCUUGUAUACUUAUCUAAUAGACAAAGAGAACUGCAUUAAUUUUCAUAAAGAAAACAUCCGUUGAAUUACGCAGAGCGUGUUCCGAGUGACGUAUUCUGCCUGUCUUGUUAUGCUAUGGGUUCAGUCUUGUUACAUCAUCUCAAAUUACCAGAUCUGUUGUGCAUGUUGUACUCUGCCAUUAUUCAGAUGCGGUGUCUGAGUCACGCAGCAAGCUUUCUAGAGAGCAGGAUCUCAAUCUGUAGUCACCAUUAGUCUUCACCAUUAACUUGGUAGCGGACAAUUUGCUGUAGAUGAAUAUAGAAGAUAGACAAACAGCACUGACCCUGAUGGCCUUUUGGACCUCUGUGAUGGAAUUUGGUUGUGGAAUGGAGUCUGAAACCUUCUGAGACAAUCCCACAACACUGCUAGAGGAAAGUCUUCAGUACCGGCAGGUCUGAAGCCUUCUGGAAUGUGCUCUCAGGUGUGGAUCUUGUGGAUUCCAGCCCUGUCACACUCCAGGCCCUGGAAUUUCAAGAAUGUUCACCCUCACGGAAGUAGCCUCUCUGAAUGACGUCCAGCCAACAUACCGGAUACUGAAACCAUGGUGGGAUGUGUUUAUGGAUUACAUUUCUGUGGUCAUGCUGAUGUUGGCGAUAUUCGCUGGGACAAUGCAGCUAACCAAAGACCAAGUGCUCUGCCUUCCCAUUCACGAAGGGGACGACAUGACCGAUGAGCAGAGAUGCAGUAACCGCAUCACUGAAACACAGUCCCCUGCCCUCAAAGUCCUCGGUCAUCCUCAGCCGACUGGCGUCAAAACGGAUCUCGAUUUUCAGCAAUACGUCUUCGUCAAUCAGAUGUGCUACCAUGUAGCCUUACCGUGGUACUCAAAGUACUUCCCGUAUCUUGCUCUCAUCCACACCAUUGUGUUUAUGGUCAGCAGCAACUUUUGGUUCAAAUAUCCAAAGACCAGUUCAAAGAUCGAGCAUUUUGUGUCCAUUCUGGGGAGAUGCUUCGAGUCUCCUUGGACCACGAAGGCAUUGUCCGAAACUGCCUGUGAGGACUCUGAAGAGAACAAGCAGAGGCGCACUGGCCAGUCAUUACCGAAACACAUAUCCACAAGCAGUGAGGAGGACAGCUCGAGCCCAACUACACCAAUGCUGCCUAACACAGGUGUGAAAUUCUCAGGCGAAAGACCUGUGAUUGAAGUCCCAGGCAUGACCAUUCUGGACAAAAAAGAUGGCGAACAGGCCAAAGCCCUUUUCGAGAAGGUGAGAAAGUUUCGUACUCACGUCGAGGAUAGUGACUUUAUCUACAAGCUCUAUGUCGUUCAGACAGUCAUCAAAACCGUGAAGUUCAUUGUGAUUUUGAGCUACACUUCCACUUUUGUCACUGCUAUUGAUUUUUGCCAUGUUUGUAAGCCUCAAGUCACCCAUCUGACCGGCUAUAUGAAAUUCCAGUGCACGCACAACAUGGCGUUUAUGCUCUAUAAGCUCCUUGUCAGCUACAUGGUUCUGCUUUGCAUCUAUGGCCUUGUGUGCUUGUACACCCUCUUCUGGCUGUUCAGGAGGCCCCUGAAGGAGUACUCUUUUGAGAAAGUCCGAGAAGAAAGCAGCUUCAGCGACAUUCCUGAUGUGAAAAACGACUUCGCGUUCCUCUUACACAUGGUAGACCAAUAUGAUCAGUUGUAUUCGAAGCGGUUUGGUGUUUUCCUGUCUGAAGUCAGUGAGAACAAGCUGCGAGAGAUCAGUCUAAACCACGAAUGGACUCUCGAGAAGCUGCGGCAGCACGUCUGUCGCAAUGCCCAGGACAAGGUGGAACUCCAUCUCUUCAUGAUUUCAGGCCUCCCAGAUGCAGUCUUUGACCUAACCGAUCUGGAGGUACUGAAACUGGAGCUUAUCCCAGAAGUCAGGAUAAAGGCAAAGAUUUCCCAGAUGACUAAUCUCCGGGAGCUGCACUUCUGUCACUGCCCAGCUAAGGUUGAGCAAACAGCCUUCAGCUUCCUCCGAGACAACCUGAGGUGCCUUCAUGUCAAGUUUACAGAUGUGGCUGAAAUUCCAAGUUGGGUUUAUUUGCUGAGGAGUCUGAAGGAACUGUAUUUGGUUGGAAACCUACAUUCUGAGAAUAACAAAAUGAUAGCCCUUGAGUCUCUACGAGAAUUGAGGCAUCUUAAGAUCCUCCAUCUUAAGAGUAACCUAACCAAGAUCCCAACAAACAUUACGGACUUAUCGCCACAUCUCAUGCGACUUGUCGUGCAUAACGAUGGGACUAAGCUAGUAGUGCUUAACAGCCUGAAGAAGAUGCUCAGCUUGGCUGAGCUGGAAUUGCAGAAUUGUGACCUGGAGAGAAUCCCACAUGCUAUUUUCAGCCUUACCAAUCUGCAGGAGCUGGAUCUGAAAUCCAACAGCAUUCGCACCAUUGAAGAGAUCAUCAGUUUCCAGCACCUCAAGAGAUUAAUGUGCCUCAAAUUGUGGCACAACAAGAUCACUGCCAUUCCAGUGUCCAUUAAUAUGGUGAAGAGUCUGGAGUUGCUCUACCUUUCACACAAUCAUCUGGAGUCUUUGCCCGCUCAGCUGUUCCAGCUCCCAAAAUUAAGGCAUCUAGAUGUUGGCCACAACUCCAUCGUGGUAAUCCCAAUUGAGAUUGGGUUUCUGCAAAACCUGCAGCAUUUCGCCAUCACUGCCAACAAAGUGGAGGUGCUUCCUAAACAGCUGUUCAAAUGCGUGAAGCUGAGGACACUCUGCCUUGGGCAGAAUUCCAUAUCCGAGAUCCCAGAAAAAAUAGGCCACUUGGCCCUCCUCACGCAGCUGGAGCUGAAGGGAAACUGUUUGGACCGACUCCCAUCCCAGCUGGGCCAAUGUCACCUUCUCCACAAAAAUGGUCUCAGUGUGGAAGACCAUCUCUUUGAUACCCUGCCUCUAGAAGUCAAAGAGACGAUCAGUCAGGAGUCCAGUGCUUCCUUUUCAGGCUGAGUACAGCGUUGGUAUACGAUGCAUAGAACAGGGCGAUUUGCCUGUGGUCUGUACCAGUGGGAGAGAUGUAGACGUGGAGUGGUGGUCCUCAGUGGCACUUCUCUGGGUAACAAGCGAACAAACCCCUUCACUGCUGGAAAAGUGACAACAGGAGAUCCUGCGCUUUUCAUAGAGAGUCUAGUGAAAGCAGUCGAUUUGUGUUUUCCAUACACUAUUUUAUUGCCACAUUUAUAUUCAAUGUAACUAAGCCUAAUUUCCUCCCCACUUUAAGAAUAUGGAUUGUGGGCCUUUUUUAUUACGCAGUUUUAAUGUUGGUUGCACCAUUAAUGGUAGCAUGGAUUAUGUUGCUCUAUAUCGCUACUAUAAUUUUGUGUGCCACCAUUUUUUUUUUUUAUGGAGUAUCAAGGCUUAUAAAAUGUUUUGGGAGGGGAGGAAUCUGGCAGUUGAAGAAGCUGGCCUUCCUCGCCAUUUGAUUUUCUUCUGGAGAAGUUUCCGAACAAUAGCCAUUUAGAAGUCUGUAGAUCUCCCGUUCCGCCUGUAGGGGGUGCUGCAGCUCAUCACCGCCAUAUUUAUUCACUUUAAAUGUUUUUACCUGCAAACUCAGCAAUGCUUUGGUUUAUUUGUGAGUAUUUAAGGUGGGUGGGGGGGGGGCUGCUGUACAGAUAUAGAAGCAAGAUACACGUUAGGUGUCUAAUUGUGAAUUAGAUACUGCCAGCAGUGGGGGCGGGUAGCUUUUGCUCGCUUUAUUAAGCUUUAAGUCUCUUUCUCCUUUGGCUGUUUCUGUGGCCUGUUUUCUUUGUGGUACGUCAGCUUCAUGUUUUAUUUUCCUCGUAAUUGUACUAAGAAGUUUUUUUUUUUCAAUAUUUAUUUGAUCAGUCUUACCACUGUAUUAUGUCGGUAAGUGCAAAUGACUGAAAACUGCAUCAAGAAGCCAAAUACAUUUCAACUUAAGGUAAUGUACCUUUAAUACAUAAAUGACAUCACUGCCGCUGGUUCUCUUCAUUGAAGUUGUAUAAAGAUAUAUUAAUAUAGUAUGUGCACAAAGUAUGCCAGUAACUUAGUGAAAUAAAACUAAGAUUGAAAUAUUGCCUGCUGAUUUUAAGCUUUUUGGAAAGCAUGGUCUUAAAGAUCACCGUUAUUUAAUGAGCGACUGUCCAUGGAUCUACGCCUACCGAUGGCUACAGGAAACAUUAGAAAUUGCGCAGAUCCAUGUUUCUGAACAGUGCUGUUUUAAACAAAUCAUUGUCUUGAAAUGUUAAAUAAUAGUAUGUGAAACACAACAGUAGUUUGUCUUAUAGUGCAGGGUGAUGUGACACUUGCAGUAAAGGAUUAUGCAUUUCAAUUCCCACUAAUUUAAAAAGAAGGUUUAAUACUUAUUUGUGCUCUUUUGACAAUCAUUUUGUACGCAAAUCUUUUACAUGCUGUAAAGAAAUGAUCUUAUUUUAUAUGAGAAAAUGGACCAAAAUAUUACCUGAAUUUAAGCCUUUUAGCUGCAACUGAUCUUUUCUUAAUAAAAAUAAAAAACGUAAAAAAUACUAACAUUUCUAAAUGGGUUGUUUGAAAAUGAUUUGUAAAUGUGACACACUUAGUAAUGUCAUUUUGCAAUACUGCAUUGUUACUAAUUUAACAGGCUGGGUGAUAUAUAUGUUAGUAACUGUCAGAUUCAGAUGUUUUGCACAGUCAAAUUUUGUAAUUGUUACUUGUUUCCGUUUGGUUCGGUGUAGCGCUAAGCUACAUGACAUUACUGCUCUGUAACUAUUUGCAUUUUUUAUUUCUGUAUAUUUGCAAAAUACUUUUUAUCAAUAAAUAUAAUUAAAUGGUUUCCUUUA